UCAUGUUUAAGCAUUUCAACAAAAUUUAGCGUUUUGUGUUUUUGUGGCUCUUCUAUGGCUUCUCGAGUGAAUGAAAGAGUAAAAGUAGCAGAAAGUAUUCCAUAACGAUAUAUCAGGUUAUGUGGUCAAAAUUGAAAAAUCCUGAAAUUUUAUUUUCGUGGCGUCAAAAGCUUGUAGCUCUACUGUAUAAGUUUCUAGAGAAUCAGCUGUUUGGGUGAAGGGCUGUCCUCUCCUUUGUUGAUAAAUAUUGAUAUCUGUCAGUGAAAAUGAAACGAAAUGAAAAUGCAGUUUGGAACGCAGCCUGCGUGAACAGAGGAGCCGGGUUGAAAACAGUAGAGUCAGCACGCAGGCUAUUUGGAACGCGGUUUGGAAUCCUGACAUGGUAAUGGUCGUAAUGGUAAGUACCAAGUACAGGUCUUUCCACCUUUAUAGCAGAUGCGCCUUAAGACACCGAAAUUCCUCGAAAAUGGCGGGAAUGCGAUUAGGGAAGCCACGGAUUGUGUUUGCAGUAUUUCUUCUUGCUGGCUGUGUUGCAUUUGUUAAACGCAAAGAGCUGAUGCCAGAGGUCUUUGAGAGAAACAGAAUACUGAGGGAAGAAAGCAUUGAACAAGCUGCUGCUUUCAGAGAAGCCAUGAGGAAGCGAAGAAAGAAGGAUGAAAAUGAUAAUUAGGCAUUUGCUGUUUGUUUUUCUUCAGUCUUUGGUGAUUAAUUGAGUUUUUAGAGUGAUAUAGACACGAUUAAGAGUGUGAACCUGUACUGCAGUUUUUGUUUUCUGGCUUGCUUGGUUGAGUGUUUGGCAGUACAAUCCAUAAUAUUAAGUGAGAAAUCACACUGAAAAUUUUAAAAAGGAAGCCACAUCUUGGUGUUUGAGAGUCUAGAAGAAGUUAGAAAUUUAAAUCUUCCACGAAACAAUGACAUCCACUCGAUCUAAAAGUAGAAAGUCACAAAAAAGCUCUGAAAAAGAAAAUUCUGCUUUCUCUAAUUCAAGUCAGUCAACUAAAUUUCCCAGGGAGUCUUUAUUUGAUUUUAAUGACUCUGAUGAAGAACAAUUUGAUGUCAAGUCGUCCAAACGGUCAUUUCGAGUAAAGAAAGGCAGCAACUCUGAUACUGGAAUUAAAAGUAAGAAAGAUUUGAAAGGUAGCAAAAAGAGGGCUCCAAAGAGUGUUGCUGGAGGAUCUAAAGCCAAAGAAAAUACACACCAAAAACAAGAAAAGAAAAUUUCUUCAGUUCAUAAAGAUGAUCUUGCAGUAUCUUCUUCAAUUUACCAAACAAAAACUUCAGACUUGCCAGAGAAGAAAUAUAACAGGCAUAUUGAUAUUUCAAUUGUGUCGAAUGAAGAUUUUCUUUGUGACAAAGAAAUUCAACACAACAAAGAUGGGGAAAAGAAAAAAUUGGAUGGACCCAUUGCCACCAAAGAGGAGGUGUUGCGCAUGGCUACAUCAACAGAUAACUUGGAAAGAGAACCAAAAACAAUUGUUUUCAAAGGCAGUUCGGAAAAUACUGAGGAUGCUAUAGAGUCGCAUGUGAAUGAUAAGAUAGAUAUUGAGAAGAAUGCUUCAGAUAAAUGUCCACUUUGUUUGAAGAAUUUUCCAGCUUCAUCAACUGAUUAUGAUAUGAAUAUGCAUGUAAAUGCAUGUCUUGAUGGUGAAAAUGGUAAUGAUAAUGCCAGGAGUAUUGCCAACACACCAAAAAUAACAAAUACAGAAAAUAAUAAAGUAAGUAUAGCUAAAAUGGAUGACAAAGAGAUCUCAGAUGAGAAAAUGGCAAAGAUUUUACAAGAAAGAGAAGAUGAAAAAGCAGUUGAAGAAAACUUGACUUGUAACUUACACUUUUGUGCCAUUUGCCAGAAAGAUCUUAACCACCUUAGCACUGAUAGCAGGCAGAUUCACUUGAAUAAAUGUGCUGAUAUUUCUGAGAAAGAGACAGCAAGCAUAAGAAAGGCAGAAAUCAAAUCAGCAAAAGAAAAUAGCAAACAGUUUGAAUGUAUCAUUUGUGGUCUUUUGUUUUCAACUAUGCAGCAAAAAAUUAGUCAUAUGAAACAAUGCAGUAGAGAGAAUAAGGUAGACCAAAGAGAAUUGCUGAAACUUGUCAAAGAGACAAAUGAAAAGUCUCUCAAUGCAGUGCUAAUGAGCAGUCAAAAGGAAUCUGGUAGUGCACUAGUAGAUGGUUCCAACAGCAAAAAGCAGAAAUUUCAUAAAAGAAAGGGAAAAUCAAGAAGGAAGAUCAGAAAUGAAGAAAUACCAGUCCUUCUCACAAGAAGUGAAGCAGAUGCCAAGAAAAUUGCAGCAUCUAUAGCAAAUAAGAUAGUGAUGGAGCAGAUGCAUGUACCUGCUUGUUUGGACAAAGAAAACAAGACAAGCUUUCCACAAAGUUCACUGGAACGCAAGUACUGCAAAAAUGCAAAGGAUGCUGAAAUUAUAAGCUCUGCAUUUACAGUUGAGACAGAAGGAGGCACAGAAGAGACCAAAAGCGAACAUCCUAUAGAGCUGAAACCAUUUCAGAAGAAGCGUCUUUGGGAUCUUGCAGAUAACUCGAAAUCACUUGGAGAAACCGCUUGCUUUUACGUAGUUGAAAUUUUUGGUGAUGAUUACAUUAGGACCAAAAAGAGACUUACAAUGAAAGCAAAUACGCAUGGGGCUGAAUUACAAAAACAUCAUGCAUUUGAUGACGUAGAUAGAGAAAUACUGUGUGAUAGUGAUAAAGAUGAAGAAACCGUAAGCAAGAAGCAAUUUAUCGAUAUUCCCUCCAGAGAAGAAGCAUUGAAUCAAAGUUUAGCGUUAACGCAGAGUGAGAAAACAGCGAUCAUCGAAAAUCUUGGAAAAACAUUCGCCGAUGUUUGUGAUAAUGACGAUGAUACUCCAAUUGAUAAAUCAAGGGAGAGUAAAGAUAUGGACAUCGAAGAGCACGACAAUGAUCUCGGCAGUGGUUUUGUCAGAAAUGAAAUCAGUGAUUACAAGGAUCAUAAGCAAGAUGAGGUGAGAUUAUCUAAAUUUAGAAACCUGAAAGAAAAUGUGCAGCUAACACUGAUAUCAAAUAUGAAGUCUUUGUUGCAAGACGUUAUUUCAUCAGAUAUGAAAAUAAAGUGUGCUAAUGGAAAAGAAACACAUGCCCACAAAUGUAUACUGUUUGCUAGAUGUCCUCAGAUGCGAACGGAACAAAGUCAAAUGGAUUUGACUGAUUUUUCUGUGGAGGCAGUUAAAUUUUUCCUUGCAUUUAUUUACUAUGGUGAAAUUGAUGUGCGACCAGAAGUGGCAGUCGAGGUCUUCAAACUAGCAAGCCGUUAUUCAAUGGACCCCCUAGCCGAGGCAUGCCUUAUGAUUGGAAAUGAGGCUGAAUUGAAAGACGUCGAUUUUUGCGAAGAAAGUUAUUCUAAGAACACUAAUGUGGAUGAGGUAAUGAAAAACUUGCUUGCUGACGAUGAUUAUGAUGGCGAGGAAGAGGGCGGUGAUGAAUAUGCAAGAACCAAUAGUGAAACAAAAGUAGACGAGAAUAUAUUGGGCAUUGGUGAUUCUCCAUUCAACGAGAGCGAUGAAGAAGAUCUAAGAGAGUUUUUUGUGACUCAGAGGGUACGACGAAAUUCAUUAGAAGAUGAUGUCGAUAGUGAGAAAAGUGACUUGAAUGAAUUGGCUCAGUUGGCACCAGAUGAUACCCUUGAUAAUCAGAACUUAAUUAGAGGUGAUAACGAUAACGAUUGUAAUGAUUUUGAUAGUAAUGAUUGUGAAGGCUGUGAUCGUAGUGAUGAUAAUGAUUGUUGCGUUGAUGGUAAUGAUACAGCUCCUGGACGCGAUGUUGAUGAUCGCGAUGAUGAUGGGGUGGUUUAUGAUUGCGAUGAUUGUGACGUUGAUAAUGAACGCGAUGGUAACGAAGAAGACCUAGAAAUCAAGCGGAAAAGUUGUGAUAAUAAAGAAAGGAUAUUUGUAUCGGUUGAUGAUAGCAGCGCGGAUAGCAAAUACAGUCAAAGAGACGGAACUUCACCAAAGCAAUCUUUAUCGCAGAACCGAAUGCUACCCAGUGAUGCUGUUACAAGUGUGAGAAGUUUGAGAAGUUUGAAUGUUACAUCAAACGGAGAUGAGUCAAUAUCUUGUAACAAAGAAGAAGACACAGAGAUGCAGGAAUGGGAGAAAAGAAUAGAAGCUGAGAAAUGCUCGACCAGUUUAGCAAAAAGUAGAAUAAAUGAAGACAGUAUAACUUCUAUUAAAGAUGAUAAUGACGAGAUGGAAAUUAUUGGCGAUGAUGAUGAUCAAAACAAGGGUCUCAUAAACGAGUCAUUGUCAAGUAAUUGUUGUGACCUAACUGAUGACCAAACACCAAACCAAUUUCAAAACAAGUCUGUUGAAGGAAAGCAAAAUAACAGUGAUGAAGAAGAAGACUAUUUCGGCACUAGCUCUGAGGGUCUUAAUUUCACUUUACAUCUAGAAGAGGAUGAUAACAAGAAGGAAGCUCCAGAAAUGGGCAAUAGGGAAUCUGGUGACAACAAAAGUGAUAUUUUUCUGGUAACUCCUGCAAGACAAACCCCACAGUUGCUCGAAAAUACUUUUGCGACUCCAGCAUUGUAUUCAGCAGGGACAUUCAGCAACCCAGGUGACCAAUGGAACACUGGCGAAGGUGGUGUACUUCCUUUUUCGAAACGAGGUUCUUCUUCUCGGCGAAGUGAUUGUAUGUCAAAUGCAAGUGACCAGAAAGAGGCAGAGGAGUCACCAUAUGCGAGAAGGCCGAUUAAAGGAAAGGGAUCUCGGCUAGGAGAUAGAAAUCAGAAAGAGACUAUGAAAAUACAGAGUAGCGGUUCAGAAGAGGGUGAAAAAAGAAUACCAGUAGGUCGUGGUUAUACGGCUAAAAAGCAACUGUUAGUAGAUCUGUCUAGGGACAUUGAUGUUGAGCUUUAUGAGCCAGAAGAAAGCAUUGAAGGGGAAUCACCUGUAAAGUGUUUAUCUGGUAGUGAGCUGCAGAACAAAUCGGUCUUGUUAGAGCCUCUUUCACCCUGUGUUACAACUUCGCAAUUCGAACGGAAAGGAAAGGGAAAUGACAAAGAAGAGCAAGAUGAUCAUUUGAAAAGUGUCAGCACUAAUUUACCUCUUUUGUCACAAAGAAAUGUCAUCGAUGUCGAUGCAGACGACCAAGAUGACAUUGACGAAAUAAGCAUUUCGAGGAGUAGCAAUAUAACCGGUAACAAUCAAGCGUCGCCACGAAGAUCUGAUAGCUUCUUUGAUGAUGCAAUGUCUGAUACGUUUGACGUCAUGGAACUGAAUCCUCAUGCUUUAGACACGAGCGGUGAAUGCGUUGCAAGAGCUGAUAGUUCCCACAGUGAUGUCAUCGAUGUAACCGAUUCAGCGAAGCAAGCCAGAUGCGCAAGGAAUAGACUAGAUUUCGAGAUGUCAGAGGGAUCAAGCGAUGAAGUUAUUGAUACAACACCUAAAAAGAAAAACGAUACUUCCCAGUACACGACUUCGUUUAAUAAUAGGAAUAUUUCUUCUUCGCAGGGAGAAAAAUCAGAGGGAAAAAAUUUAGAUGGGGAGGGCCAGGCACACAAACAAACGAAUGGCUCUCGGCGUAGAAAACGCGAAGAUCGUUCAGACGAUUUUUCUGAUUCUGAGGAAAAUUACCCCAGCAGAAAAAUGGGCAUGACCCCGAGAAAGUCUUUCUCAAAAAGAGGGAGACGGGAGGGUUCUCCGCAAAGUAUUACGCUGCAAAAAAGUAAUAUUCAAAGUGCGAAAGAUGCGAGUAAUAUGCAAAGAGUUGAAUGCAUGUUAAAUGAAUCAAGCUCUUCCCUUAAGUCAGAUAUUGACAUUCCCAAUGAAAACAAUCACAGUGAACAUUUAGAGGAGCUUAGCCCUCUUUGUCUCGACAUGUCUAAAGGUCCUCAACGAUAUGCUGAAAAUUCUCCAAUGGACAAAUCAGAAUUAAACGCAGUGCACCUUAAAGCUGAGCCUGAAAAUGAUAACAUCACUGGAUCGUUACCUAGCUCCAUGCAUUCGUUUAAUGACGAUGGCGGUUUUAAUCCUGACUUGGACUUUGGAGUACAAACUCAGACUGAUAACAAGGCACAUGUUGAAACGAGGCUUUCAGAUGCGCACUUUCAGAUACGUAGCUCUCCACACUCGCUACUAACCGGAGAACCCAAGGCCCAUUCUGCAACAUUUGAAGAAAUUGCAGAAGUCAGAGAUGCUCCAUAUGAAAUGGAAGAUGAAGAAAACAACGAUUUUUCGGAUUGUUAUAUUGAUGAUGGCGGAUUCAAUUGUGAUGUGCCGCAAGAUCUGAAUCAAAUUUCUAAUAUUUCAAACACUGUUUUGCAUGACAUCGAUGUUUCGUCUGACGAAAGCCUGACUUUCCCGAUAGUAGCUACUAACAAAGGUUCAAAAAUGUCCAAGAAAACUCUGUCAGAUAACAUAGGGUCCAUAAGAGAAUAUCAGGGUGAACAGCAUGUUUCAAGGGAAGCUGUAAACCUUAAAGAACAAGACGUUGGUAGAAAGGAAGAUGCAAACAAUUCGUUAGACAGAGAGCUUUCAAAUAGCCAAAACAGUAAACACACUGCUUCUUCUGUCACUCCAGUGAGGAGCAGCAUGCAAACAAUGAAAACUCCUAAUACGGCAUUGAGGAAUUUUGGCCCAGGCUGCAAAUUUCAUCCGGAAACAGGCGCAUCGAUAACACCCAUGUCGGAUUAUGAUACAUUACACACGCCAGAUUUAACAAAAAGAGUAAAGAACUUUGGAAUGCGGAAAUUACCAAAACAUCAGAUGGCAGGGAAGCUCCGUGAAAUUUACAAAGUAAAUCAUGGAUUUGCACAUUGGGAAGAACCACCAACGAAAGCUCACAGGAAACGGAAAGCCAAUGUCAAAACGAAAAAAAAAGUAACUAAUGAACCUAACGAGAAAGCAAGCAGCACAAAUAAGCAACAGGGUAACGAGAGUGAAGAAAACUCCCAUUCAGUAGAACGUAACGAUCAGUCAGAUACGGAGCACUCCUCAAGUUCAGCUGAUGAAAGACAAAAAACUUUCGAAGGAAUUGACUGCAGUGACGAUGAAAAAAGCUCUCAAACAUCACAGAAUGAAGAGACUCAGAGUGAUGAAAGUAUAUCUGAAAAGCUGUCAAGAUUUAUGAAAAGUAACAAGGAUUUCUACCACAAAAUAUUAACUUACCAGAAACUAAGUUUUGAAGAUAUAUACAAGGCUGUCAAGGAAGCAAAGUUGAAAUGCACGAAAGCUCGGUUGAUGGAUUUUCUUGACGACCAAUGUAUUUGCGUCGUUUUCCCAAAAGCUGAUGACCAAGCAAGACCCCAAAGAAAGCGAUGGAAGAAACGAUGACAAUAAACGUUUAGUAAUCGAAAUCGUUUUCAUACCAAAUCUUUCAAAUUGCUUUGAUAAUUUGUUACUUCCUGAUAAAUACAAUUUUCAUCAAAUGACAAGAUUGUUGUAAACUAAAAAGGUUGAAUAUGUCAAGGUAUGACAAGGCUAAAAAUACUUCAGGGUAGUGAAUAAUUGAUUUUAAAUAGAGAAAGUUUAUAAUGGAGAGAGCUAGAAUCAGAAUCUGUGAAGACAGAUCCCAAUUUGAUUACAAGCUUUUCUUGCACAACUAAUGUUUUAAAAGUUAAACAUAACCCAAUUAGGUACCCAAUCAAUGCUUUUCUAAAUCAUAUCGUUCUUGUUGGCUUCCUUUUAGCGAAGUGGCAGUUGUAUUUUAGAUCUCUAUGUGAGUUUUCUAGAAGAUUCGAUGUACUUUUACAUCGGCAUCAUUCACUAUCCAUAUCUGCUUGAAUUAAACGUUUUUAUACCAAAUUUUAAAAAAGCAUUUUCCUUUUUCCAGUGUAGAAAUGUAUGUAAUGUGAAUUAGAUUCUUUUAGUUUAAAUCUUGUAUCUUCAAAGAGUGAUGAAUUGAUGUUAGUUUUGAAACAGAAAUUUUGCUCCCACUUUCUGCCUUUCCCAACGGUCAAAGAUCGACAGUACAGCAAACUGAAGAGAUCGGAGGCAGCGAAGCUUGAUGGGAUGGAUUAGCUUUAACACGAAACAUUUACGGGAGAUCUUCCUUUUAUUCUUGCAGAGCUGUUAAUGAUUUGAGCUGGCUCGAACCCUUUUUGAAACUACUAAUGACAAUUGACAUGUGACAUUACAAUUUGGCAACCGAUGCUCUUGAGACAUAACAAGCCUGAUGUUCAGUUUCUUAAUUAAUCUGUAUUCGGUCAAGUUUAUUCUUAUUCAACACCAAGGAAGGAACGUUGCAAACUGUCCAUAUUGAUUUUGCUCUUUUGAAAGUAUUCAGAAAAAAUGCAUAUAUCUACAAUUCCCCCUGCCUUUUCAUUUAUACUUCUCAGCAACAAUGACAUCAAUAAUCACAAGAAUGAAAGUUAUUUAGCAAAAAACUUUUCUAAUGAAUGCAAUUUUAGAAUAGUCCAUCUUGAACAUCGCUGUAGACCAAACGUGCCCAGAUGU